AUGGCCCUGGGGGGAGGCAGCCCACCCGUCAAGGGUCGGGGACCGCGACGAAGGUCGUACUACAACUCCCAGCAUGCCGCGGGGGCCCUCUCCCGGACUUGCGCGGUGCCGGCCGUGACGAAGGCCGAACUACAACUCCCAGCGUGCCGCGGAGCCGUCCCGCCAGCCACGGUCGGCCGCGGCCGAAGUUCGGAAAGUCCUGCUGCUCGGAUCCCGCCGCUCCCGGUCGCCCUCGCCGGGGAGGUCAGGGCGGGGGAGCCGAGCGCUGCCCCCGCCAUGCUCCGCAGACUGGCCCGGGCUGCGACCCAGCAGCAAAGGGCCCUCUGGGCGCGGGGAUCUGGGAGCCAGGCGGGGAUCCCGACGCACGUGGUGGACCUGCGCAGCGACACGGUUACCAAGCCCGGGCCGGCCAUGAGGCGCUCCAUGGCCGAGGCGGUUGUGGGGGACGACGACUACGGCGAGGACCCCACCGUCCGCGGUGAGCCCGGCGUGCAGGCCGGGGCCGGGGGUCCUCGCGGCGACCCCAGUGCGCUGUCCAUGGUGCUGGCGGGGGGAGAGGUGGCCCGGGACCCGGGGUGGCGGCUCAGCUGCAGGCUAGGCAUUGCGCUUGGCGUCCUUGCGGCUCAGUCUGACGCAUCACUCGAGAGCCUGUUAGAAAUGCAGAUUCUCGGGCCCCACACCGGACCUCCUGAGCCAGAAUCUGCAAGUUAAAACAGGAUCGCCGGGUGACUUGACUCAUUAAAGUGUGGCCCCACUGCCCGAUGAGAUGGGUGUUAUCUCAUCUUGCAGAGGAGGGCUCCGAGCAGCUGAGCCAGGCACUCAAGUUCCCAUACCGAAUAAAUGGCAAAACAGGA